AUGAAAAUACAACUUGUAAGAUGGCAUUGUUCUCGCAAUGCUCUUUGGAAUCGUGCUUUCUACUCUACGAGAAAGGCCACUAAGAACGCUUCGUCGGCGACUCCAGCUACUAUGACAUCCAUGGUAUCUCAGAGGCAAGAUCUUUUCAUGACAGAUCCACUAUCUCCUGGAUCCAUGUUCUUUCUUCCAAAUGGUGCUAAGAUUUUCAACAAAUUGAUAGAGUUUAUGAAGUUACAACAAAAGUUCAAAUUUGGUUUUAAUGAAGUUGUGACGCCUUUGAUUUACAAAAAGACUCUUUGGGAAAAGUCUGGUCACUGGGAAAAUUAUGCUGAUGACAUGUUUAAGGUGGAAACUACGGAUGAAGAAAAGGAGGAAUACGGUUUAAAACCGAUGAAUUGCCCAGGCCAUUGUCUGAUCUUCGGUAAAAAGGAUAGAUCGUAUAACGAACUUCCCCUACGCUUCUCUGAUUUUUCACCACUACAUAGAAAUGAAGCUUCUGGUGCACUGUCGGGAUUGACUAGACUAAGGAAGUUCCAUCAAGACGAUGGUCAUAUCUUUUGCACUCCUUCCCAAGUGAAAUCAGAAAUUUUCAACUCUUUAAAAUUAAUCGACAUAGUUUACAACAAAAUUUUCCCCUUUGUUAAAGGAGGUUCUGGAGCAGAGAGCAAUUAUUUUAUAAACUUUUCUACAAGACCGGAUCACUUCAUUGGAGACCUCAAAGUUUGGAAUCAUGCUGAGCAAGUACUCAAGGAAAUCUUGGAAGAAUCAGGCAAACCGUGGAAACUGAACCCUGGUGAUGGUGCGUUCUAUGGUCCAAAGUUGGAUAUAAUGGUUACGGACCAUUUACGCAAAACUCAUCAAGUCGCUACUAUUCAGUUGGACUUUCAGCUACCUGAGAGGUUCGAUUUGAAAUUCAAGGAUCAAGACAACUCGUACAAGAGGCCAAUUAUGAUUCAUAGAGCUACUUUUGGUUCUAUCGAAAGAUUUAUGGCUUUACUGAUAGAUUCUAAUGAGGGCCGUUGGCCGUUUUGGUUGAAUCCUUACCAAGCUGUAAUUAUUCCCGUCAAUACGAAAAAUGUGCAACAGCUAGACAUGUGCACUGCCUUGCAGAAAAAACUACGUAAUGAACUGGAAGCCGACGACAUGGAACCAGUUCCUUUAAAUGAUUGGCAUUUCAAUGUUGAUCUCGACAUAAGAAACGAACCCGUAGGGUAUAGGAUCAAGUCGGCCAUUUUGAAAAACUAUUCCUAUUUAAUUAUCGUGGGUGAUGAGGAAGUACAGUUACAGAAAUACAACAUUCGAGAACGUGAUAAUAGAAAGAGUUUCGAGAAACUUACAAUGUCUCAAAUUUGGGAAAAAUUUAUUGAGCUGGAAAAAAACUACAAGUAA